AUGCUGCACCUACGCUCGUUUACAGCAGCUGCACUCGCCCUCACCCUCGUCUUUCUCCAGGGUGCGGCUCCUACAUUGGCUGCUAUCGCAACCGCUACUGUCCCCGUAUCUAGUUUGACUCAUGACGUCGAGGGAGAUUUUUCAGUCAUUUACUACGGUAAAAAGAACGCAGAAUCUUUACUUGUGGGAAAUGACGGGAGUGCGGCAACCGGUGGAUGGAAAGCCUGGAAGCUCGUCACCGAUCCCACCACCAAUACCCUACGGGAGCAUACAACCAGUGUCCAGGGACGUACCAAGGUGAUAGGCGUGAUGUACGAUAUUGGGGAGAAGGAUAUUAUUGUUUCAAUUGCUGCCACAGACUCCGUACUGCGCGUUUACGAGGUUGCCGAUCCCGGAGAACAGCCCUCAAACCGGAAGGUCAUGUUGGGCGAUUGGUCUGCUCUCUGUCCAUGGCGCAGCCCCAAAACUGGGAAUCAGUAUUUUUAUUUGUUUGGAAAGAAGCUGGCGGUGCAAUUCAUUGUCAGGAGGGAGGGGAGCAAGUUUGAAAUUCUCGAGGACCAAAAUAAGAGGAUCAAGAAAGACCAAUUGGAAGGGACGGUCUACUUCUCAGCUGACGAUGAUAAGACUAUCUACAGCUUCACAGCCGAAGACUCGACGACGGCUCCUGAAAUUACUGUGCUUGGAAAAGUUGAGGAUGGCAUUACCGGAUUGGCCACAUACGUUACCGAAGCAUCCAUCUACUUGUUCAUUGCCAGCGAUGAUACCAUUGGCAUUUACUCACCAAAGCUUGAGCUUCGGGGAACCAUCGAACUCACCGAACUAGAGGAUAUCGAGAUUGAGGGCUUGUCAAUCGGCCAGUCGAAAAGUGCUAACUACCCUGCAGGCCUGCUUAGCUAUGUUUUGGCAUCGAAAGCACAGAAAUCGUUCGGUCUCAGCUCUUUGGAACUAGCAUUUAAGAAGUUGGACCUUGAAGUCAACGUGAAGCAUAACCCACACCCAUCGAAACAUUUUCCGAAAGGAAAUAAGCAUAACGGUUUUGAAAACCGUGAUGGCUCACUUUCUUGUUUCGCAGGAUUCGCUGGCAAGAAAUGCUUAGACUUCACUUGCAAAAGCAAUUGUUCAAACCGAGGAAAAUGCAUUGGACCUAACGUAUGUAAAUGCAAAGAUUCCUGGAGCGGACCAGAUUGUUCAUUCCUCCUCGUGGAACCGAAGUUCGAAACAGAUGCCAGCGGUGGCGAUGGAGAUGACCCCGCCAUUUGGAUCUCACCGUAUUCUGGCAAUAAGUCAAUGGUUAUAACUACGACAAAAUCCUCCGAGGGAGCGGGAUUGGCUGUAUUUAACCUCACAGGAAAUCUGCUCCAAGUGAUGAAAGCAGGACAGCCAAAUAAUGUGGACGUUAUCUACGGAAUGAAAGCUGGUCAAAAGACUAUCGAUCUCGCAUACGCAGCUUGCAGAGAAGAAAACACAUUGUGCCUCUUUGAAAUCACCCGCGAAGGCCUCUUAGCUGAAAUCCCUGGAGGCUUGCAGCCCACAAAGGACGGCUACAAGGUCUACGGUUCCUGCGCCUAUCGUUCCCCCAGUAGCGGCAAACAAUAUCUUUUCGUCAACUCCAAAUCCUCCGAAUACACUGCCAGUACGAACUGA